CUUUGCGCUGGGCUAUGAGGAAGAGGCGGCUGGUGUUACGUGUUGCUCUCCGUGGAUGUGGGCUGACAGGAAAGGUAUGGCAGCAAGGUACAUACAGCAGCUUUGCGGUGCGGCGGUACUCGGCCUUUCCCGAGGAGUUUUAGUGGGCCGCUUUGCCUCCCUUCGGCCUCUUGGUAUGCUGCUGCCCCCGCAACCUCGGCCGCUGGUGAUGAGGGUCCAGGGAAUGGGAGGCGACGGAGCUGUGGAGGAGAAUCCUUUCUACGCAAAAUAUCAACGCAAAAUCCAGGAGCUGCGCAAAUCUAAUCCUGAUAUUUUUGCAACUCGAAUGGAGAGAAGGAGCGAUGAGAAAAAGCAGCCAAUGGGAUACUCAAAGCAAGCAGAAUUUGUCAGAUUCAUGGAGGAAAAGGCAGAUGCCUUGGGCAAUAAAACAUCAAAAGGAGGAUUCACAAAAAAUAAGACACUUGAUUCUAUACUUAAUGUUGAGAUAGUGAAACAGAAGAAGCCUGAAGAAAUAAAACAGAUAUGGAAGCAAUAUUUUUCUGGAGAGGACACUGUUUAUGCUGUUAUUCCUGGGAAGACCUUUGAUUUGAUAUGGAAGCGAGCUCAGCACUGCCCAUCUUUUCUGUUUGCAUUACCAAGGAAGGAAGGCUAUGAAUUUUUUGUGGGCCAGUGGUCAGGAGCAGAACUCCAUUUCAGUUCUCUCAUAAACAUUCAGACCCAAGGUGAAACUGCAACUAGCCAGCUGAUCCUGUACCAUUAUCCUGAGCUUCAAGAGGACAAGGGGAUUGUACUGAUGACAGCAGAAAUGGAUUCUAGUUUCCUGAAUGUGCCAGAAGCUCAGUGCCUAGCCAGCCAGGUGCAGCUCUUUUAUGCAACAGAUCGACAGGAGACCUACAAUUUAGUGGAAACAUUUAACCACCAGCCUGAUCAGUUUAAAUACAUGUCUGUAAUCACUGAGCUUGAGCAGAGCAGGCUUGGGCAAGAACUGAGACCUCAGCAGGACCCACCAAUGCCUACUGCUUGAGGAGUACAAUAGCCUUGAGCAGAUGUAAGAGACAUUGACGCAUGAGGGUGUCUUGGUGCAGACGUUUCUCUGUUGUGAAAGGGGUCAUCCAUGGAAUCUGAUGGGGAGAAGAAUGUUAUCUCUCGAAGAGGGCUAUUCAGGCUGUGGGGCCAAUGGGGGCACAUAGGUAGCCUCACCUGGCCAAUUUAUAUGCCACUCCUAUAACAUAUUUCUGAAUGACAGAAGAAGUGGAGAAAGAAAAAAAUAUUCAGCCAUUAGCAUAUAUCAGUGUCCAUUGUGUAUUUGAAAUUGCACAGAUAAUUGAAUUUCCACUUUUGUGAAGGUUCUAGAUAUCUCCUGUCCAUAUAGCAACAACAAGAGAAGGAGACAGUGAGCUGAGAGGGACUCCUGUCAAUUGAAAGAGAUGAUGAGUUUUUACACAUGCUGUAUUUUUUGAUUAUUAUUUGUCUAACAUAAUCAAUAUAUGUGACACUUUACAACAUAAGAAAAGGGACAGUUCCUUACCCUAUCUAGAAAGGUAAAAUUAUUUUUUUUAAAAUGUCCAGUAGAGAGGAGGUGCAAAAUGCAUGUUUUUACCAGCUUCUUGCAUCAUGCAUAAUUGAAAACAUGAACCGAUAUUUUGUUUUUAAAUUAGAAUUUAGUUAAGAGUGCCUGCCGUAUUGUGGUAAACAGAUGACUUCCUUAAUAGUGAUAUAGUGCUUUCAGCCUUUAAAGUGCCCUUAUGAGAUACAAUCAAAUUGUCAUUGAAACAAGAAAGACUUCAUAGCCUAUUCUCAAUUUUGAGAACAUCAGCUCAUCAUUUAUUUGUAAAAUUAGCUAGAGCUCUUUCUUUUCUGUCCCAUUUCUCAUUUCCUCAGGCCCAGAUUUGCAUUUGAGAGUCUAAAUGAGAGGGGAACAAGUAUUAGGUUCAGGAAAUUCCAGGAACAGUUCAUUCUGGUAUUCUGUAGGUUAGAUACUACUGUCUCUCUGUGGAGGACUAAAUGAGAAGAGGGGGGAAAAUCCAUAUGAACCCAAGAUUGGUUCCUUUCUCAGGCUAAGGAAUAGAUGUUUGAUCCAUCCCUUUCAUAAUUAAUAUGCUUAUUCUGGUCCAAGAAGGAGAGCAUAGAAUAACAUUUUAUUUUGGUUUGGGGAAUAUGUGAGUUUGAAUCAUACACUUGGUUUCCAAGUGUUCUUUAGUCUAUGGUCUGGUCCUCAUUCUGCCAAGAAAAUCUCAAUUCUAUGUCUUAAAGAUAUGUUAUUCAAAACAUAAUCCUGUCUUGUACUUUGAAAUAACUUGCUUAAAUUCUCAUUUUUGUUUCUUUGAAAACCAAAGUAUUACAGUACCUUAAUGAAAAAUAAGGGUGAAAAGAGUAAGAAAAGAGAAGACUUAAUUUAAAGAAAUCUAACUCUAUUGAUUAUAUAUGGUUUGAUUUAAAUAUGCAUGUAUUUGUCUAUGAAUAAAUACAAUAACUUUGGGGGGAAAUGGUUUGUUUUUAGAUGAUGCACAUAUAUAGAUGCAGCAGGCAGUGUCUUUGAAGAGGCAUUUCCUUUUGUGUCAGUAUCAAAGGGAAAUAAAUCUUUUAGGAUGGCA